AUGGAGCGGGACGAACGGCCGCCUAGCGGAGGGGGAGGCGGCGGGGGCUCGGCGGGGUUCCUGGAGCCGCCCGCCGCGCUCCCUCCGCCGCCGCGCAACGGUGGCUGCAGCGGCCCCGGGUCUCCUCGGCGUGGACCUUCACCCCGGUCCCUGCAGCGCGGACCCUCCCUCUCCUCCCUCGUUUUAGUGCGCACCCUCCCUUUCCCUCCCCGUUCUCAGCGCAGAUCCUCUCCCUGUUCCCUCUACCCCGACCUUCAGUCCUCCCUCCCCCAGGCCCUCUGUGUGACUCCUACCCCACCCCCACCCCCACCCCCACCCCGGGUCCCUGCUUCGCGGACCCUCUGGCCCUCCCCCGGUCCUCUCAGAGCUGAGCCCUCCCCUUCCCCUGGGUCACCUCAGCGCGGAUCCUCCCCCAGCCCCCCACCUCGCGUCCCGUCACUGGGGGCUUCCUCUCCCCCUCGGGUCUCCUCUGCUUCAGCCUCCUCUUCCUACUCCCCCGGCCCCGGUACCCUCCGUUGGGGGCCUCUCCCCCAUAGCGUCCCUUCCGCGUGGAGCCAGCCCCUCCCCCCCAGUCCCCUCGGUGCUCUCUCCGCUGACGCUCCCUCCGGUUCUGCCGACCCGGCACCACGCCCUUGGUUCCCUCUGCCCCACACCUUUCUGGAGAGGCUUCUGCAGUCCCGCACUUUUCUUGGCGCCCCCGCCCCCCGCUCCAAGCCCCGGACUACUGCGAGCCUCGACCUCUGCGCCGACCCUCAAAUCACUAGUUACUCGAUCAGCCUCUCCUUUUCCGAUUUCUUGUGCCUCCUCCGCGUCCUGUUUCUCUCUGCGCCUUCCCCUUCUCUGUUAGGCGACGACUUUCUCCUGGCUCAGAUCUCUGGCCCGAUCGGGUGUUCGGGACACCUGUCUCCCAACGUCUACCGGCUGGUCCGGGUCCGCGCCCGCCCACCUCAGUUCUGCGCGUCCCUUUCGCGAUCCCGGACCCUGAGCCCUGAGAAUUCCUCACCUGGCCCGGCCCUUCCGACCGCUCUUCCCCUGCCCCCACUUUCUGUUCCAGAUGAUCGGGCUGAACAACGAACCUGUCUCAUUUGUGGGGACCGCGCCACAGGCUUGCACUAUGGAAUCAUCUCCUGUGAGGGCUGCAAAGGGUUUUUCAAGCGGAGCAUUUGCAACAAGCGGGUAUAUCGGUGCAGCCGUGACAAGAACUGUGUCAUGUCUCGGAAGCAGAGGAACAGGUGCCAGUACUGCCGCCUGCUCAAAUGCCUCCAGAUGGGGAUGAACCGGAAGGCAAUCAGAGAAGAUGGCAUGCCUGGAGGCCGGAAUAAGAGCAUCGGGCCAGUCCAGAUAUCAGAGGAAGAGAUUGAAAGGAUCAUGUCUGGGCAGGAAUUUGAGGAAGAGGCCAAUCACUGGAGCAACCAUGGUGACAGCGACCACAGUUCCCCUGGGAACAGGGCUUCAGAGAGCAACCAGCCCUCACCAGGCUCCACUCUGUCCUCCAGUAGGUCCGUGGAACUAAAUGGAUUCAUGGCAUUCAGGGAGCAGUACAUGGGGAUGUCUGUGCCUCCACACUAUCAAUACAUACCGCACCUUUUUAGCUAUUCUGCCCACUCGCCACUUCUGCCCCCGCAAGCUCGCAGCCUGGAUCCCCAGUCGUACAGUCUGAUUCACCAACUGGUGUCUGCUGAGGACCUGGAGCCAUUGGGCACGCCCAUGUUGAUCGAGGAUGGAUAUGCUGUGACCCAGGCGGAGCUGUUUGCCCUGCUUUGCCGCCUGGCUGACGAGCUGCUCUUUAGGCAGAUUGCCUGGAUCAAGAAACUGCCUUUCUUCUGCGAGCUCUCAAUCAAGGAUUACACGUGCCUCCUGAGCUCUACAUGGCAGGAAUUAAUUCUGCUGUCCUCCCUCACCGUGUACAGCAAGCAGAUCUUCGGGGAGCUGGCUGAUGUCACUGCCAAGUAUUCACCCUCCGAUGAAGAACUACACAGAUUUAGUGACGAAGGGAUGGAGGUGAUCGAGCGGCUCAUCUACCUGUAUCACAAGUUCCAUCAGCUAAAGGUCAGCAAUGAGGAGUAUGCUUGCAUGAAAGCAAUUAACUUCCUAAAUCAAGAUAUCAGGGGUCUGACCAGUGCUUCACAGCUGGAACAGUUGAACAAGCGAUAUUGGUACAUUUGCCAGGAUUUCACUGAAUAUAAAUACACACAUCAGCCAAACCGCUUUCCUGACCUCAUGAUGUGCUUACCUGAGAUUCGGUAUAUUGCAGGAAAAAUGGUGAAUGUGCCCUUGGAGCAGCUGCCCCUCCUCUUUAAGGUGGUGCUGCAUUCCUGCAAGACAAGUGUGAGCAAGGAGUGACCUGUUCCAGCGCCCCUCCUCAGGCCAACCACAGAGCCUUGGGCGGGCAGGACAGGCUCCAGGAGAAAGAGCCAGAGACCAAGAUGGAGGCUGUGGAGCAGCAUCCCCGGUCGCCUCCAUAGCAAGAAGAGUUUUUGUUUGUUUGUCUGUUUUUUUAAGCUCAUUUUUCUAUAUAUUUAUUUCACGACAGAGUUGAAUGUAUGGCCUUCAACAUGAUGCACAUGCUUUUGUGUGAAUGCAGCCGAUGCAUUUCCU